AUGUGCAUGCUAUCGCUAUCUUUAAAUUCCGAUCUGAACGAGUCACUUUUACGAAGAGUACUAUGUUUAACUUCAAAUGAUUGUAUGGCGCAUCGUCGGUUAUUCCCUAAAAAUAGGAAAUAUAUAUCAAUUUCUGAGGAUCAUUUUUUGUUUGUAGAUAAUUGUAUAAUUGAUGCUCCAACCUGGCCAGUCGGCUUCGAAAAAUAUGUGCCGGACAAGCCAUCAUUUAAACGUUUAUUGCACUGGGGACCUAUCAUUGCUCUUAUUAUAAUAUUGCUGGUUGGAUCCACAGCAACCUAUUUACAUAUUCAAUGGUGGCCUCUAAAAUCUUCUUUUGCCUGCAUUCAUUUUGUUUCUUUUUUGUUUUUGAAUUACUGUACUCUAACAAAUUUAUGUCGCUCUUCGCUUAUCGGACCUGGAUAUCUUCCGUUUUCAUGGAGGCCUCCAGAUGAAAGUUUUGAAUCGCGGUUGCAGUUCUGUAAAAUAUGUGACGGGUAUAAAGCACCAAGGUCUCAUCACUGUUGUCGUUGUGGACCAUGGAUAAACAAUUGUGUUGGUCAUCGAAAUCACGCAUAUUUUAUCCGUUUUUUAGUCGCUGCAGUGAUCGGUUGUAUACAUGCUGUAUUCAUUAUUUCGUGCUCAAUUUAUUAUUGCAUCUUUCGAGUUUGGUAUAUUCACUAUGGCAUAGGUGACGAGCCAGAAGUUAUUCUUUCGGUUUACUUAUUCAUUUGCUCAGUAUUCGCAUUAGGCCUUGCAGUAGGUGUGAUUAUUGCAGUUGGUUUUCUUCUCUUUAUUCAGCUGAAAAGUGUUUUGAAAAAUCGAACAGGAAUCGAAGAUUACAUUGUCAACAAAGCUGAAAGUCGUGAAAGGUCUGAUCCUUUUUUAUAUCCAUAUAAUCUUGGAUGGAAGCGUAAUUUUUUGGAAGUUUUGGGAACAUGGGAUGGCUCAACGAAAGGUAAUGGUGUGUGGUGGCCUGUAAUAUCUCCGGCGACUCAGUUUUCUUUCUCAGAAGAACAGUUGAUUCAAAAGAGGAUAAAAAGAGAAAAUGCUUAUGAAGUGAAUAUUGUACGAAGUUUUCCUGGUGGAUAUUGUAAAUCGAUCAGCUUUGGUAUUCGAACAUGGAUUUGGCAACCAUGGACGGAUGAAAGUCGAAUUGCAGUUAAGGAAGGAGAACAUUGGUUGGUCACCAGAGCAGAUAAAUAUUGGUUAUAUGGAACGAGAAAAGAUAAUCCUGGAGACUUAAAUAAUGGUGAACAAUGCUUGAAAGACUUACAGUUUGUUCCCCGAGGCUGGUUUCCAAGAUCUUGUGUUGAUAAUCUGUGA